AUGUCGGCUUUGCAGACAUUCAUGCUGACGGUGGACCGCGACAAGCAAGCUGCCAUCGCAAUCGCUGAACAAACCGCUCAAGAUGUCGAAAACAAGCAAACCACCCUAAUCGACGUCGUGCAAUCCCUCGGCGAAUACAUAAACUACGACGACGCCAUCAUUCGCGGAAAAGCUGUUUCGUAUCUGGCGGCUGUUGUCAAGGCGUUCUCGCCGAAGUUUUUGACAAGGCAGCAAGUGCAAGUCUUAACGACGUUCUUUUGUGAUCGGAUCGAGGAUGGAGGGGCUAUUACGGGGUUGGAUACGUUGCAGAGGUUAGAUAGGUUUACGAGGGAUUUCGCGCAGGAGGUUGCACGGGCGAUAUUCGAGCAUUACAAGGAGUUGCAAGCACGAGCUCAGUCGCAAAGAUAUCAGAUAUAUCAAUUGGUCAACGGAUUGAUGGAGAAUCACCGAACAGCUCUCCACGAUCUGGGCGACGAAUCUCUCGUCGGUAUUGUGGAUUUGAUGACCGGCGAGAAAGAUCCGCGCAAUCUCAUGCUUGUCUUUUCUAUCCUAAAGGUGCUCAUGGUUGAAUGGGACAUAACGCACCAUGUCGAAACGCUUUUCGAUUCCGUGUAUAAUUACUUUCCGAUUACCUUCAAGCCUCCCCCGAACGAUCCAUACGGAAUCACGGCUCAAGACUUGAAGGACCGUUUGCAGGCUUUAUCAAGAUAUUCCAUCCAAGUCUGGGACGCCGUCAAAUUCGAGAUUCUAAACGUACAGGAAGAUUUCUUAUCUGAGAUGUCCCUGAAUGUUUUGAAAGUAAUUGUCAAACGACUAUCCGAACACACCACACAAGUCUCGCAAGAAAUGCCACUUGCCCAUUUCCUCAAACCAAUCAUUCAAGAAUGCAACGAACAACUCCGCGAGCCUCAAGCCAAACAAGCCAAACCCGCGCGGGAAAUCAUUCGACAUGUAUCUUCCGCGUCUAUUCCUGCAUUUGUUCUCGUCAUACAAUCCGUUGUUGCACCCCUGUUCACAAUCUAUCAAGAAGCAGACUCUAUUGCCAAGCAAAGAGCGUUUUUAGAGACAUAUGUCACUUUGCUGGAUUCUGCUAUCGAUCUGUACGGGACGUGGGCCGACAAGGGUUUCACGCAGCAAUUUGAGAAUCCAUUGACUGCAUUUCAGGAUCAGUUCACCGAGGUGUUUAGUCAAGCAUUGAUGGGUGCUGCCAAAGAGGAGAUCUCUUUCCGGCAAACCGCAUUACAAGGUCUGUUGCGCUUGUCGACGCUCCGCAACUUCUUCCAGGACAAUGAGAUCGGUCUAUUCGUGCAGUAUCUCGAUGAAAUCCUCCUCAAAGAGGAAGUUGUCGGCUCUGGCGCUCUGAAAAAGGAUGCCGUCUCCGCACUUGCGGAACUCUCGCGAUACAAAUCGAACAUCAUCAUGGAGAUCACAUUGCCAGCUUUCAUGGCUACACUUCCUGACCAAGAUGAUGGCUCAGAUCUGAAAUAUAUAACCACGCUGGACACAUUGGCUCAGAUCAGCGGACAACGAAACAUUUUCGAGACGUUAGUCAGACGGUUGUUGAAUAAACUGGACCUGCUGUUGCAGGGCGAUAGUUCUCAUCCUCGAUAUGUCAGGAUUAUUCUGCUGACAAUCAUCCACGCCAUGGAGAAGAAACGAGAUGACACGCAAAGUUUCAGUCUUGACAGCUACUAUGACCGUAUUGUGGUCGGACUAUCGAAAAGGGCAGCAUUAGCCUCGACAAAAGACUCUUCGAAAAUCCUGCGCGAUGUCUCUGUCUUGGACACACUAGGCCGACUCUGCACGCUCAUCGUGCGAAACAUUUCACGCGAGAAUGAAGAUCAAGUUGCGCGAAACAUUUACACACUUUUUACUGCUGAGACAGACGCCUUCCAACCCGUCCCGUUCUCGCAAACGAGCAAUCAAAAUCAAAAACGCACAAUGAUCCUAUCAACACAUUUGCUCGCUGGUCUACCGAAAGACACCACCAACCUACCCUACAGCACCACCGACCCCGGUGACACCAUCACUUUACUCAACGACCUGGUACACCUCGCCGAAACCACUACCUCCUCAGCCGACGAAGCAGCCAUCCAACUAUCCAUCCACCGCCACAUCGCCCUUCUCAUCAACAAAUUCCUCCCGACCUCCUCCCUCCCCCUCGCCACCUCAUUUCUCACCCAAACCUUCCCCUCAACCCUCGAGAGUAUCAACAACGGCAUUCCCCCCAACCGCAUAAAAACACUAUUCUGGCUCGCAAAGUCCCUCGCCCUCCGCCUCGCGCCAUCCACAUCCUCAAUCCUCUCUCAGCUUUUGUCAUUACUCUCCUCCGCCGACCCCAAAACUAGCUCAACCGCCGCCCGCGGCUUCUCCCUCAUCUUGAGCGCAGAUGACGUCCUGAGCACCACAAACGGCGCAAAUAUUCGCUUACUAUCAAAACAGCGCGUUUUCAGCAUCGUCGUGCCCAUGAUCAGCUCCAAUUUCCGCUCCCUCUCCACCACACCGGGGGUAAAUGCGCAUAUAAAACCAGCAUACCUAACCGCUCUCUCGGGAAUUCUAACGUCUAUCCCGCCCUCCCUCGUAUUACCGGAAUUACCAUCUUUACUACCGCUUCUAUUACAAUCCCUCGAUUUGUCAACAGACGCCUCGACGUCGCUGCCUGUGAAACAGGCAACGCUCCACACAUUCUCAGUGCUGAUCCGCGACAACGGCGGCGCGAGCGUAAUCGAUGCGACGGGACACAUCUCCGAGCUCGUGAAACGUCUCCUCCGUACCGCGUCUCUGGCAAUAGCCAAGAAAGAAGGAGUCCCGACGGCAGGAAAAGUAAGAGAGUUGGCGUUGAAAUGUUUGUAUCUUCUCGCUACAUCUUCUUCCCCGGCAGGCUCUACUGCCGGCGUAGAGGAUGUGGACGUCGCGCUCGCAGCGGCUAUCAAUCGGCCGACAGGCUCAAAAACUUCGACUGCGACUGCGGCAGGAGUAUCGCCGCUCUUACCGGUUAAGAAUAUGGUCUUGAGGGAGUUAUUGGCGAUAUUGGAUGAUCCGAAGAGAGAUGUUAGAAAGGCAGCUGUUGAUGCGAGGGCUGCGUGGUUGAGGGGUGUUGAAGACGCAAAAGAGGAGGAUGAGUAG